GUGCAUAUCCAUCGAGACACGAGCAGUCACAAAAAGAAACAGAGCACGGAUAUAUGGUCAUCGUCGUCCUCCAAAAAACAAGGGAAUGUUCUGAGCUACUGGUGCUUCUCCCCUGGAUUCAGCAUGCAGGAGCUGCUGCAUCAGGGCGUGCGCUGCAUCAUCCUCACCAGUGGGACCCUCUCCCCGCUGUCCUCCUUCACCUCAGAAAUGCAAAUUCCAUUUCCAGUUUCCUUGGAAAACCCUCAUGUGAUUGCUAAACAUCAGAUAUUUGUAAGCAUCAUCCCCAAAGGGCCGGAUAACGUCCAGCUGAGUUCAGCCUUUGACAGAAGGUUUCUACCUGAGUACAUGGCAUCCUUGGGGAACACUGUUGUGAACGUUGGACGAGUAGUUCCUCACGGCUUAUUAGUGUUCUUUCCCUCCUACCCUGUGAUGGAUAAGACCAUCGAAUACUGGAAGGAGAAAGGACACUGUGGCAGAAUCGAAGAUGUCAAGCCGAUGUUUGUGGAGCCCCGGGGGAAAGGGACAUUCACUGAGGUAAUUGAUGGCUACUACAGUAAAGUGAUCGACCCUAAACUGAAUGGAGCCAGUUUCUUUGCUGUGUGCCGAGGGAAGGUAUGGUGCAACAUUGAGUCUAAUACUUUCUUUGCUUUUCCUAUAUGGCGAUUAAGGCUAAUAGCUAGUGCUGGUAGUCUCUCUUCCGCGAUGCUGUCCUGCCUGGCUGAGAAUGUGCAG